AUGACAAGGGUUUCACAACUCAGCAUUAUCUUCGGUGACAAACACAAACUACAGAAUCUUCACAAAGAGUCUGUCAAAGUUCCCGAUGUCGUCCAGACGAAACCAUCGUCGGACAAAAACAAACGAUUGAGCAGCUGGUUUGAUUCUUCGUCAACGUCUUCGUUCCAAAUGCCUCUUCACUACCCUAACUACACAAAGAAAGAGUACGAGAUCAUGUCGGAGGAGGAACUCGAUCGGCUUCUCAAAUUAUAUGGUCUGCCAACAGAUCUCGGUGACUUGCCUUGCAAAAAACAAUUCGUGGUCGGUGCAUUCUUGUGGGAGAAAGAGCUAAACUCCUCUCUGGCUGAGCAUGAUUCAGUAAACCCUAAUUCGUCCAUUGGUGUUUAA